CCCUCCACACUAUAUAAGCACACCCGUUGGAGUACCGAGCGAUCACCACUGCAAGGUUGCGUUGUUUUGCUCUUCGAAGAAGAGAUCAUCUUUAGCUCAGACCCCCACCAGAGUUCAGUACUGCUACGGUGCUACACACCAUAUCUUGUUUAGCUUCCAUCGAUCGCCACCAGAACACACCACAGAGGAAGAUGAAGCUUCUCGGGAGCCAGAGAAGAGGAGGCUUCAGCAGGACCCUCAAAGAGCACAGAGCCAGGUUCUACAUCAUCCAGCGCUGCGUCGUCAUGCUCCUGCGGUGGCACGACUGACUCCAUAGAUUCCUCGUCCAUGGACUUCUUACCAACAAAAUUUUUGCUUUUCGGUCUGUCAUUGCAAUGGAGUCGGCUGAUUGUACAUAAGAGGCCAGUUAUAGAUCAACUAGAAGUAGCAGCAAAUAGGAACUCACCGUUCUCUAUCCCCUUCCUCCCUCCCCUUCUUGCAACUGUGUGUGUCAUUGUACAAUUAUUACGUCAAUGUCGGGUACGGGAAUGCAAUAUCAGCUGAAAGAAACAGCGGGAAUUACCGGAUCA